AUGGUAGAUUACGCGUCGGACUCGGGCAUAAACCAGUCGACGGAAUCCAUGGCUGCCGAUUCGAUUGAGAUGCCUACGGUUACUGCGAGGGGUUCCUGUGCAAUUUGUAUGGAGGGAUUCCGAUCGGGCAAGCAAGUCCAGUGUGGACACGUGUUCCAUGCAGAUUGUAUCACAAGGUAUGGUCCGACGGAGCAGGAAAUAUACGAGCAGAAACGAAAGUUGAAUGGCGGGGAAGAGUCGAAAAUUGAGUUGAGCUGGGACUGGAAGGAGGAGGAGACAGAAAGCUGGAGGAAGAAGGAUAGGAUUCCGAUAAAUGAAGCCUUUGACCUUGAUCUAGCCUUAACAAUGGUAGAUUACGGAUCGGACUCGGGCAUAAACCAGUCUUUAGAACCCAUGGCUGCCCACCCGAUNGUAGUUGAGAAUGAAUUUGAUUAUUUCGAGGAUAUAGGAAUGUAUGAUAAUAUCAAACUUUCUGUCCAUGAAACCGGAUGUCAAGUUCUCUCACAUAAUGUGAGUCCUGUGAUCUUCUAUAUCAUCGAUGAAACGGUAAGAAGAAGCUCCUAUGUUAAGGGGAGUAGCAACAAUUACAACAAAGAGCUAGCCAUAUUGGAAGGCGGCAAUUUUCGUUGGACUGGCUACGAGAAGAAAGAAGAUGAAUAUGACAAGAAGAAGGACCCGUCGCUGUCAUCCGCUUCUGUUGGUCGAAAGCAAAACCAGCAAGACAAGUUAAGAGGAGAAGAGAAUGUUGAAGACAAGUUACAAGCAUUUUCUGUUGAUGAAUCUUCUAGGCUCUUCUUGAUUGUUCCAACUUGCAACCUUCAGCUUGUGACCAAGUGUAAUCUUGAAUUUCAAUAG